GCCUGACCCCACCCGGCCAGGCUCCAGCCUCCCCGCGCGGACUUCCUGCCUGGGCGCGGGCGGAGGCCCACCCCCUUCCUGCCUGCGUUGUAGCCUCAGUCGACCAGCGGACCGUCGGUGCUGCACUCCGAGGCAGGUCUCUGCUGACCCCACCUUGGCACCUAGCCCUGGACAGAGCAACUGAAGCCUCCUCUGCAAGGCAGCCCUACCCUGAAGGCCGCUGGAAGGAAGGUAGCUCUCCAGCCAGCUGCCCUCCCAGCAGAGUUUCAGAUUUGGAUCCUGAGGCUGGGAUCCCCAGGACGACACCUGGCUACCUAGGCCCAUGUGGCCAUCACCGAUGUGCCCUUCUGGCUGCUGGCUGCAGUGCUGUUCAGUUACAGGGUGCCCUACCCCAGACCUCUGCCAUGAUGCCACUUCUGGGUCCCCUCCUUUUCCUGGCUCUAGUCCUGGAUCUGGCUGGAACUCUCAACUCCAAUGAUCCCAAUGUCUGCACCUUUUGGGAAAGCUUCACCACCACCACCAAGGAGUCCCACUUGCGCCCCUUCAGCCUGCUGCCAGCUGAGUCCUGCGACAGGCCCUGGGAGGACCCCCACACCUGUCCUCAGCCCACGGUUGUCUACCGGACUGUGUAUCGUCAGGUGGUGAGGGUGGACUCCCGCCCACGCCUGCAGUGCUGUGAGGGUUACUAUGAGAGCAGCGGGGCCUGUGUCCCACUCUGUGCCCAGGAGUGUGUCCAUGGUCGUUGUGUGGCUCCUAAUCGCUGCCAGUGUGCUCCAGGCUGGCGGGGUGACGACUGCUCUAGUGAGUGUGCCCCAGGUGCAUGGGGGCCACAGUGUGACAAGCUCUGCCAGUGUGGCAACAGCAGUUCCUGUGAUCCCAAGAGUGGGGUGUGCUUUUGUUCCUUUGGCCUACAGCCACCCAGCUGCCUUCAGCCUUGCCCUCCUGGCCUCUACGGUCCCGAUUGCCAGUUUAGUUGCCAUUGCCAUGGGGCUUCUUGUGAUCCCCAGGAUGGAGCGUGCUUCUGCCCCCCAGAGAGAACAGGACCCAGCUGUAAUGUGCCCUGUUCACAGGGCCCUGAUGGCUUCUCCUGUCCCAGAACUCAUCCUUGCCAAAAUGGAGGUGUUCCUCAGGGCCCCCAAGGCUCCUGCAGCUGCCCACCGGGCUGGAUGGGUGUCAUCUGUUCCCUGCCCUGCCCAAAGGGUUUCCAUGGACCCAACUGUACUUGGGAGUGUCGAUGCCACAACCGUGGCCUCUGUGACCGCUUUACUGGGCAGUGCCAUUGUGCUUCUGGCUAUAUCGGGGAUCGGUGCCAGGAAGAGUGCCCCAUGGGCCGGUUCGGGCAAGACUGUGCGGAGACCUGCGACUGCGGCCCUGGUGCCCGCUGCUUUCCCGUCGAUGGUGGGUGUCUAUGCGAACAUGGCUUCACAGGCGACCGCUGCACUGAGCGCCUCUGUCCGGAUGGCCUCUAUGGUCUCAGCUGCCAGGAGCCCUGCGCCUGUGACCCAGAGCACAGUCUCAGCUGCCACCCCAUGCAUGGCGAGUGCUCCUGCAAGCCAGGCUGGGCAGGCCUCCACUGCAAUGAGAGCUGCCCGCAGGACACGCACGGGCCUGGCUGCCAGGAGCACUGCCUCUGCCUGCAUGGCGGCGUCUGCCUUGCAGACAGCGGCCUCUGCCGGUGUGCACCCGGAUACAGGGGACCCCACUGUGCUAACCUAUGUCCACCCGACACUUACGGGGUCAACUGCUCCUCCCGCUGCUCCUGUGAAAAUGCCAUUGCAUGCUCCCCCAUCGACGGCACGUGCAUCUGCAAGGAAGGUUGGCAGCGUGGUAACUGCUCUGUGCCCUGUCCUCCUGGUACCUGGGGCUUCAGUUGCAAUGCCAGUUGCCAGUGUGCCCAUGAGGGAAUCUGCAGCCCCCAAACUGGAGCCUGUACUUGUACCCCUGGGUGGCAUGGAGCUCAUUGUCAGCUUCCCUGCCCGAAGGGACAGUUUGGUGAAGGUUGUGCCAGUGUCUGUGACUGUGACCACUCUGAUGGCUGCGACCCUGUUCUUGGACACUGCCGAUGUCAGGCUGGCUGGAUGGGCACACACUGUCACUUGCCUUGCCCAGAGGGAUUUUGGGGAGCCAACUGCAGCAACACCUGUACCUGCAAGAAUGGGGGUACUUGUGUACCUGAAAAUGGCAACUGUGUGUGCGCACCAGGGUUCCGAGGCCCCUCCUGCCAGAAGCCCUGCCCACCUGGUCGCUAUGGCAAACGCUGUGUGCCCUGCAAGUGCAACAACCACGCUUCCUGCCGCCCACUGGAUGGGACCUGCUACUGUCUGGCAGGCUGGACAGGCCCCGACUGCUCUGAAUCAUGUCCCUUAGGACACUGGGGACUCAAAUGCUCCCAAUCCUGUCAGUGUCAUCAUGGUGGAACCUGCCACCCCCAGGAUGGGAGCUGUGCUUGCACUCCAGGCUGGACUGGACCCUACUGCUUGGAAGGCUGCCCACCAGGAGUGUUUGGUGUUAACUGCUCCCAGCUAUGCCAGUGUGGUCCUGGAGAGACGUGCCACCCAGAGACUGGGGCCUGUGUCUGUCCCCCAGGACACAGUGGUUCACCCUGCAAAAUGGGAAGCCAGGAGUCCUUCACCAUAAUGCCCACCUCUCCUGUGAUCCAUAACUCUCUGAGUGCAGUGAUUGGCAUUGCAGUGCUGGGCACCCUUGUGGUGGCCCUGGUAGCACUGUUCAUUGGCUACCGCCACUGGCAAAAGGGCAAGGAACACGAACACUUGGCAGUGGCUUACAGCACUGGGCGGCUGGAUGGCUCUGAUUACGUCAUGCCAGAUGUCUCUCCAAGCUACAGUCACUACUAUUCCAACCCUAGCUAUCACACACUGUCUCAGUGUUCUCCUAACCCCCAACCCCCUAACAAGGUUCCAGGCAGCCAGCUUUUUGUCAGCUCCCAGGCACCUGAGCAGCCAAGCAGAACCCAUGGACGUGAUGGCCAUGUUACGCUGCCAGCUGACUGGAAGCACAGACGAGAGGCCCGUGACAGAGGCAGCAGCCACCUGGACCGAAGCUAUAGCUGCAGCUCUAGUCACAGGAAUGGCCCAGGACCAUUCUGUCAUAAAGGUCCUGUCUCUGAAGAGGGGUUACGGGCAAGUGUUAUGUCCUUGAGCAGCGAGAACCCCUAUGCUACCAUCAGAGACCUGCCCGGCCUACCUGGGGAAGCCCGAGAAAGCAGCUAUGUAGAGAUGAAAGGCCCCCCAUCAGUGUCUCCUCCUCCUCCUCUUCAUCUCCGGGAUGGCCGGCAGCAGCAGCGUCAGCCACAGAGAGACAGUGGCACCUAUGAGAAGCCCAGCCCCUUGAGCCAGAAUCAAGAGUCUGUGGGCUCCAUGCCCCCUAUUCCUCCAGGCCUGCCUCCCGGCCACUAUGACUCACCCAAGAACAGUCACAUCCCUGGACACUAUGACUUGCCUCCAGUACGGCAUCCUCCAUCACCUCCACCUCGACACCAGGACCACUGAGGAGCCAGCAUGGUACAGGGUGGUGCCUGACACCCUGCCAGGAGCAGGGACAGGACAGCAGGCCACAAGCAUUUGAUGAAGUGGACAGAGACUGACACCGGCUCUCAGCUUCCACCAAGAGACACUAGUUUGCAGAGCAUCCAGCUCCCUUUCUCCAGUCCACUGUUCCCCAAGUCCCCCAGGCCCUGUGGACAGAAGCCUGUGGGCAGAAUGUUGUCUGAUGUUAGACUGAGUUUAAGAAUGUGUUGGGUUACCUUCUCUAUGCGCGUGCCCAGGCAGGCUAUGUGUGUGUCUAGUUGGCUUUAGAGGGUGCCAGGUACAGAUUCUGGAUUUCCCAUGUAGUAGUCAGCUUCCAGACUUAAAUAGCUCCAACUGCAGGCCCUCACUACCUGCUCACACCUCACUCCAUAAUCCUCCAUGUCUUUGCUCAGAGGGUUGCUCCCCACCUCUGAUGUUUGUCUUCCUGGUAUGCCUUGGGCUACGUAGUCAAACCUUCAUGCCUCAGCCUAUCUUCUAUCUAGCUUUGCUCUUUUGAGGAGUGAAAGCUAUCUGCCACCUAUAAAAGGAACUUUUAUUCACAUGUCUCAGUUGUUUUCUCUGAGGCUUUCUGUCCCUGACUGCUAACCUAGGCCUAGUCCUGGAAGCUUCUAGCCUCUGUAAAUCUAAUGUAGGCCUGGAAUGUUUUCAGCCUCUGAGACUUGCUGCUUAAUAAGCUCACCCUUUCUUGUUCUCACUGAGCUCCAGGCUGGCUGGUUCAACUCAGCUGUUCUGGCUCAAACUCUCCUCCCAGCUGACUUAAUCUGGCUUCUCUCCUGGCCUCUGAAAUGCUCUGCUUGGCCUCACACUAGCUCCAGCAAUCUUUUCUAAUCUUCUGGCUCCUUUCUCAUUCUCUGGUUCACUCUGCCUUCACCUGUGUUCUUUCUCUACAACUUCUCUAUUACUGUCCCAGUAACACUGCCUCCUCUCUCCCCCUCCCUGUCUCUCUCUCACUGCCCUUUAUUAAGUAGCUCUCCUCUCUCUUCUCAACAGAGUUGGGUGUAUCCUGUUCUGUCAACUCUUUCUCUGAUUUGUCACCUUUUCUGUCAAUUAAAGAACACUUUCAAACAUGGGUGUGUCUUUCUACAAACUAACUUUACCUUCAUUAUUUGGGAUUAAAGGCAUGCACCACCAUGACUUUUCUUUAUCUGAAACUUGCUCUAUACCAGGCUGACCUUACUCUGCUCACCUGUCUUCUGGAUUAAAGGCUUGUUUGUAUUCCAGCUGGAUCACACAGACUAGGUCUUUGGAUGUGCUCUCUUGCCAGAGCAGCUAUGUUCUGAAUUAACAUUCCUCUACUGCCACCUUUCUUCCCACCCCAGGAAUUGGCAUAUCUAAGUCCAGCCUUCCUUAGGCUCCUGUUGAGCCUUGCUUGUCCUUCACAUAUCCCAGAGAGCCCACCCCACAUCUCUUCAUAGCUACUCUCUCUUCUCCAUGUACCCGAAGAAGUCGGAAAUGAUGCCAGGCAGCACUUGGGUUUGUUUACUUUGUUUUUGAGACACUGUCUCACUACGUGGUCCCAGCUGGCCUGGAACUCAGAGGUCUGCCUGCCCCUGCUCUUGAGUGCUGGGUUUAAAGGCAAGUGCUGCAAGUCCAGCUCAGGCUGCAUGCUGACUCGGGUUCCAUGCUUCACUACAUUGGCCUCUGCCUCCCCCUAGUGGGGAGGCUGACCGCUAGCUCUCAGAACGCAGGACUCCUGUUUAUGCUCACUGUUGCUUUCCCUUGGCAAACAGUAGUCACUCAAUAAAUGUUCCUCCAAAA